GAGUACUGGCCAUUGUAUUGGCCAAUCUAGCAGCUGUCUUAUGAUCAUAACUUUCCUCGAUUUUCCUCUGGCUAUUGUGAUCAGUGAUCAAACUUCAAAGAUGCUUGGCUGCAUAAAAACCGCGUUUAUUAUAUUUUGUAUGCAACUCGAAGAAAAUAAUAGGAUAUAUCACAUAAAGUAGUGGAGACACUUUAUAAUUGUAUUCAUUAAAAUGUAGGAAACAGUCGAGAUGCUUGUACAGUAGAUGCACUGUGCGGGGAAGAAAAGCUUUUUCAGCAAUCACAAAACUGGAGAAGUAGCUACGAAAGUGACCGACGCGAAUUCGGACAAUUCGGAACAUGCGCUUCCUAAAUUAGGAGGAGGAACGACGUGGCAUGCGUCAGGAUUAGUGGGAGCCUUCAAACCCAGUCUGACGCAAGUAAAACUUGCUCAGGAUAGCAUUGCUUUAUAUGAGGAGUUGGAGAAGAAAGGUCUCUCGACAGGAUGGAAGCAAUGUGGUAGUCUUUCUUUGGCACGAACCAGAGACCGCAUGACCUCGUUCAGGCGAAUGAAGGCACAAUCUGUGUCGCGCGAUAUCGAAUGCCACUUAGUUUCGCCAGAAGAAAUCCAGGAUCUAUGUCCAUUGUUGCAUGUCGAAGAUCUCAUUGGAGGAUUAUGGAUUCCAGGAGAUGGUGUCGGUGAUCCAUAUCAAAUCUGUUUGACUUUGAUUCAAGAGGCACGACAAAGAGGAGUUACAGUAUUUGAGAAUUGCGCAGUUACAAAAGUUAUUAAUCAGAAUGGCCAAGUAGGAGCGGUGGAGACAACGCGUGGCACCGUCAAAUGCCAACAUUUUGUAAAUUGCGCUGGAUUUUGGGCGCGGAAUGUAGGUAAACUCAGUGAGCCAUAUGUCAAGGUACCACUGCAUCCAGUAGAACAUUAUUAUUUGCAUACUAAACCUAUUGCUAAUUUAGACCCGAUGAUACCUGUUAUACGUGAUUUGGACGGAUAUGUCUAUUUUCGAGAAAACGAAGGACGAUUGUUAGCCGGUGGUUUCGAGCCAGUCGCGAAACCAGCAUUUGAAGAUGGCACGAUUCCUGAAAGCACUGACAAGCGGUUUUUACCAGAAGAUUGGGAUCACUUUCACAUUUUGUUGGAACAGAUGUUACACAGGAUUCCGAGUUUAGGAAAUGCAGUUCUCGAGAGACUUUGCAACGGACCCGAAGCGUUCUCUCCAGAUUGCAGAUGGAUCGUGGGAGAGGCGCCAGAAAUACGUAAUUAUUACAUUGCCGCCGGAAUGAAAACGGUCGGAAUAUCCGCCGCUGGCGGAGUUGGUCGCGCAACAGCGGAAUUGAUAGUUAACGGCUCGACUUCGUUAGAUAUGUACGAGUUAGACGUCUCACGUUUCCUCGGGCUGCAUAACAAUCGCAAAUUCCUACGCGAUCGAGUGCGAGAGGUACCUGGAAUGCAUUACGCGCUGCAAUAUCCGCAUCUCGAGUUCAAAACCGGGAGAAAUCUGAGAAUGUCGCCGAUUUAUCCGAAACUUAGAGAUGCAGGCGCCGUUUUCGGCCAGGUCAUGGGCUACGAGAGACCAUCCUGGUUUCAGCCAGACGAUGACUGUGAUUUGGAGUUUCCCGAUGGUUUCCAGAGAUACAAGAUAGCUUAUACAAAUACUUUUGGUAAGCCUCCUUGGUUCGACGCGGUCGCGCAAGAAUACGCUGCGUGUAGAGAGGCGAUUGGUCUGAGUGAUUAUUCCUCCUUCACGAAAAUCGACUUAUGGUCGAAUGACACGGAAGUCGUAGAUCUGCUGCAAUAUUUGUGCUCAAAUGACGUAGAUGUGCCUGUUGGAAGUAUUAUUCAUACCGGUAUGCAGAAUCAUCGUGGUGGUUACGAGAAUGAUUGCAGUUUAGCGCGUAUCGCACCGAAUCAUUACAUGAUGAUUGCCCCAACUAUUCAACAAACACGUUGCAAAAACUGGAUCCAUCGUCAUCUGCCGGCAGAUGGUUCCGUUGCUGUAUCUGACGUCACGUCGGCGUACACUGCAAUUUGCAUAAUGGGACCGGCCACUAGACAGUUGUUGACUGAAUUGACGGACAUAGAUUUAAAUCCGAAAAACUUCCCAUUCUUCACAUUCAAGGAACUAGAUGUUGGGCUUGCCAAUGGCAUUCGUACAAUGAAUUUAACGCAUACUGGAGAACUUGGCUAUGUUCUGUAUAUUCCAAACGAGUUUGCAUUACAUGUCUAUACAAGGCUAAUAGAGGCCGGAGCGAAAUAUGGAGUGAAACAUGCUGGUUAUUAUGCAACGAGAGCAUUACGCGUUGAAAAGUUUUAUGCAUUUUGGGGACAAGAUUUGGAUACAUUUACUACUCCUUUGGAAUGCGGAAGAUCGUGGAGAGUAAAAUUUGAUAAGGAAGUCGAUUUCAUAGGCAGAGAUGCUCUUUUGAGGCAGCGCGAGCAAGGAGUCAAACGUAAAUACGUGCAGUUACUGUUAAACGAUCACGAUCUCGAGUUCGAUACCUGGUGCUGGGGUAGCGAGCCUAUUUAUCGAAACGGAAAGUAUUGCGGAAUGACAACAACCACGGGCUACGGAUUUACAUUCAAAAAACAGGUAUGUCUUGGAUUCGUGCAAAACUUCGAUUCGAAAGAUCUGCCGCAAGAGGUGACAAAUGAUUACGUAUUAUCGGGCGAUUACGAAGUAAAUGUCGCGGGAAUCAUGUAUCCCGCAAAGUGUCACUUGCACAGCCCGAAUUUACCGACGAAAUUCCCCGAUAAAGAGAGGGAUGCUUAUCACGCCACGCGCGACCAACAAUCUUUGUAAUCUCUCAUUUAAAAAUAAUAUUUUAAGUGUGUACAAACGAUGUAUAUAGCAAAAGAUUUAAUAAAUCGUUUAAUAGAUAUCACUCAAAAA